AUGGCCCAAGCUCACAGCACUGAACCCAGUUCCAUUGACGUAGCCGUCGAACCACCUAUUCCACGCCGAAAGCGGCUAAAAAUAAGUGUCGCCUGUGAUACGUGUCGCGCGAGGAAGGUCAAAUGCGAUGGAAUUCGUCCAUCAUGCGGAAACUGCUUAAAGCGGAUCAAUUCCAUCAGUUUCUGCAAUUAUAGUUCAAAUAAUACGCAUUCGAGUUCAAGUACGACGCAAGAUAUUGCUUUGCCCACAAGAGAAGGGGCCUCUAGAAAUAGCUGUGAUGACUAUACGAAUGAAAAAGCCAUUGGCGUAAGGGCAACUCCUCGCCAUGAACAUUCACCUGAGGCGCCGUCGGUUCCAUCUAGGCCGCUUCAUAUGCGGGAUCCUACCAUUUGCGGUUUCUCCCCAAACGUUCCAACUACGUCACCGCCAACUACAAUUACUGAAGUUGAUUCAAUGACUACGGUAAUUGAAGAUGGCGAAAGCACGCGAGAGUACUUUGGCAGCAGUAGUGCUAGUUCCUUUACGAGCCAGAUUCGGGCCGCUAUCGAUACACGAUUAGGCCUAACGACCUCAUGUGAAGUGAGUAAUACGCUUGGUCGAACAUUGAUUACGACUGCUCCUACGAGGGGAGAUCCGUCACUACCCCUCAUGGGAGGAACAGAUUAUGUUCUACCCCCGCGCAGGCUAGCAGACCAUCUUUUAGGUGUAUACUGGCGUUAUGUCGACCCCCUUUACCCCUUUUUAGAUAAGGAAGACUUCGAAUCUGCAUAUCAGAGUGUAUUCAAUGGUACACUUGAACAGGUUAACGAGCGAACCUUCAUGGCCACCCUUAAUAUUAUCCUAGCCCUAUCUACACAAUUACAAGAGACGUUAGAUACAGAACAGAGAGAGCAUACAUGUAAGACAUUCUUCAAUAGAGCCCAAGGUCUUCUACGACUUGAUAUUUGGGACACGGGUUCUAUCGAACUAAUACAAUACCUCUUGAUCCUAAGCCAAUAUCUUCAAAGUACCAACAAUCCUCACCAGACUUGGAUGGUAGUCGGGACUGCCAUUAGAAUCGCACAAGGUCUCGGCCUCCAUUUACCGGAGACGUCUAUAGCGCCUAGGAAUCCAAGAACUGGAGGACUGCUUAGAAGGCUAUGGCAUGGAUGUAUUCUCAUGGAUCGGCAAGUCAAGGUUCAGCAUGAAAUCCUCCUCAAAUACAGAAUCUAA